UAAAAGCCCAGAGGCCCAAAGCAAACUAGAUUAAUACUAAGAGGGAAAACACAAACCUCUCAAUUUCUCCGACCUAAAAUGAAGAACAGGGGAUGCCGGACCUCGCAAUUUCUCCCAAACAAGAAAAAUGAGAAAAGAAGCAAGCCGAAGAAAAAAGAAAACUUGGGAAAGAAACAGAAAAAUAAGGGUGAGUUGAGCUCUGUGGAUCGAAAUGGUGGGGUCAGCUAUGUGGAUAGAAUCAGUGAGUUGCCGGAUGGCAUUCUUGUUAGUAUCUUGUCUUGCUUGCUUCUCAAGGAAGCAGCAGCUACUAGUGUUCUUUCAAGGCGGUGGCGGGAUCUGUGGGCGUCUACUAUGAAUCUCAACUUUGAAGAUGAGAAGAAUUUGAGUGAUUUCAUGGAAGUGAAGCCGAAUAUACAACACAGGAAACGCCGCAGUUUUGUUAGUUUGGUGGAUCGUGCGUUGCAACAGCAUACAGGCCCAUUGAUUGAACGGUUCAGGGCUUGCUUUUUUCUAGAUCGUCGCUUUGCACGAUCCAUUGAUGGAUGGAUUGAGUUUACAAUGAAAAAGAGGGUUCAAAUACUUGAGCUUGUUGUAAAACUAACAUAG